AUGCAUCACUUUGAGGAAGAAUUAACGUGUUCCAUUUGCUACAGCAUAUUUGAAGAUCCACGCGUUCUGCCCUGUUCCCACACGUUUUGCAGGCGUUGUCUGGAAGGUGUUAUUCAGCUGUCAAACAACUUCUCCAUUUGGAGACCCCUGAGACUUCCUCUGAAGUGUCCCAACUGCCGGAGUGUCGUCGACAUCCCUGCCACAGGGAUCGAAUCCUUGCCCAUCAACUUUGCCUUGAAAGCUAUUAUUGAAAAAUACCAGCAGGAGGAUUGCUCCGAUGUUGCAACCUGUAGUGAACACCACAGGCAGCCGCUGAACAUCUACUGCCUUUUGGACAGGAAGCUGGUGUGUGGCCAUUGCCUCACGAUAGGGAAACACAACGGCCACCCCAUAGAUGAUCUCCAGAGUGCCUACCUGAAAGAAAAGGAGAAUUCUGGAAAAAUUCUUGACCAGCUGACUGACAAGCACUGGAGUCAUGUGUGUUUGCUCAUGGAAAAGCUGAAAGAACAGAAGUCCCAGUGUGAAAGCGUUAUUGAAGAUGAUAAAAAAGUCAUGGCACAGUAUUUUAAGAAACUUGGCGAUGUCUUGGAGCACAAAAAACAAGCUCUGCUGGCUGCGCUGGAUGAAAUCAACACCCGCAUUUUGGAGGAAUAUAAGCCUGUCAUUGAGAAGUUGGAGAAAAUGAGGGAAGAACAGCUGGAGUUAAUGUCGCUGAACACAUCUGUUCAAAAAGAAGAGUCCCCGCUUGUUUUUCUGGAGAAGGUGGACGAUAUACAUCGACGGAUAAAAGCUUUGAAACAGAAGCCACUGCCGGAUUUUAAAGCUGUGGAGAUUUAUCCAAGGAUUGGGCACCUGCUGAAAGACGUGUGGGCUAAAACUGAAAUCGGGCAGAUCAACAAGAUCCUCAUUCCAAAAAUAGAACUGGUUCCGAAAAGAAAGAUACCCGGGAAAAGCGGCAGAAAGGAAGGAGGAGAACCUAAAGAGCUCUGCCAGGCUGUUAAUCCUUUAGCAGUCCUGCCUCUCUUAAUAAUCGUAGUGGUAACUGUGUUUUCCUUUCACAAACCAGUAUCGUCAGUUGUAAUGGAAGCUGCUCCCACCUACAUUUCCGAAUUCUUGCUGCUUAGUUACCAAGGUUUCUGCACCCACUUACAGAAUAUAGAGGAUGUGCUGUGCCAUAUGUUUAAUUCCCUGAUGGAGUUUUUAGGGAGAGCUGUUUCUUUUUAA